AUGAUAUUCCACAAGAACCACAACGUUGUAAACCAUAAUACUUUAAGCCAUUCUAGUCUGAAGAUAAAAACCAAUGCAAUUGAAAGAGUAGAUCAAAUGAAGUACCUAGGUGUAAUAAUUGAUGAGAAACUAAGUUUCGUAGAACAUAUGAAUCAUUUAGAGAAGAAAAUUGCACAGAAAAUAGGAUUUAUGUGUCGAGCAUGUAAGGAUAUUAGCCAACAUCACAAAAUAUUAGUAUAUAGAUCAAUUAUAGAACCGCAUUUUAUUUACUGCCCAACAAUACUACUGUUAACAAAUGAUACUAUUACGCGACUAAAUAAAGUUUAUUUCAUUUCAGAAGAUGAGAAUGAACAACCCGCCGAAGGGGAAGAGGAGAAAGAGUUUGUGAACUAUCAAAUUAGUAAUGAUGUACACUUUACCAACAGCCGUAUGGCUUCAUUGGCAUGCAUCAAGCGUGGUGCCGUAAUUGAAGCAGACAAAUCUAUACAUUCCCAGUUGCGCCUGAUUAAUUUCUCCGAUGGUUCACCGUACGAGACGUUGCAUGCAUUCAUUUCAAAGUCCUUGGCGCCUUACUUCAAGUCUUACGUUAAGGAAUCGGGACGUGCAGAUCGUGAUGGUGAUAAAAUGGCGCCUUCUGUUGAAAAGAAGUUGGCCGAGUUGGAGAUGGGCCUUUUGCAUCUACAGCAAAACAUAGACAUACCAGAAAUAACGUUGACGGCACAUACUUCUGUAAAUGCGGUCAUACGUAAAUGCGCUGAUGAAAACCGCAAGGCAAAAGUGGCUGACUUUGGUGACAAAGUAGAGGAUUCGUCAUUUCUUAAUCAAUUACAAAAUGGUGUAAAUCGUUGGAUUAAAGAAAUCAAAAAGGUUACCAAGUUAGACCGUGAUCCAUCAUCGGGCACAGCUCUACAGGAAAUAUCAUUUUGGUUGAACUUGGAGCGCGCUCUGUAUCGCAUCCAGGAAAAGCGCGAAUCACCAGAAGUUGCCCUCACACUAGACAUAUUAAAACAUGGCAAACGUUUCCAUGCCACCGUGUCGUUUGAUACUGAUACCGGCCUAAAACAGGCCUUGGCUAUGGUUGCCGAUUAUAAUCCCCUAAUGAAGGAUUUUCCCAUUAAUGACUUGCUAUCUGCUACCGAGCUAGAGAAAAUUCGCCCAGCAGUGCAGCAGAUUUUCUCACAUUUGCGCAAAGUACGUAACACUAAGUACCCAAUACAACGUUGUCUCAAACUCAUCGAAGCUAUUUCACGCGAUUUGUCACAACAACUACUAAAAGUGCUGGGUACACGUCGGCUAAUGCAUAUUCCUUUCGAUGAAUUUGAACGUGUCAUGAAUCAGUGCUUUGAAAUAUUCAGUUGCUGGGACGACGAGUACGAUAAAUUACAAGGUUUAUUGCGCGACAUUGUAAAGAAGAAGCGAGACGAGCAUUUGAAGAUGGUCUGGCGCGUAUCACCUGCGCAUAAGAAGCUUCAGACACGCAUGGAGCAUAUGCGCAAGUUCCGUCGCCAACAUGAACAAUUGCGUACUGUAAUUUUGCGUGUGUUGCGCCCUACCAAGCAAGCACAAAAUAAUGAUACCAAUGCUGUCGAAACCAAGCAACCAUAUAGCCUGGAAGCGGCUGAUGCUAAUGCUAUUGAAGAGGUAAACUUGGCAUAUGAAAAUGUCAAAGAGGUAGAUUGCUUGGAUAUAACCAAGGAAGGAUCAGAAGCGUGGGAAGCAGCUGUGAAACGUUAUGAAGAAAAAAUUGAUCGUGUCGAAGCACGCAUCACAGCACAUUUGCGUGAUCAACUCGGCACUGCUAAGAAUGCAAACGAAAUGUUUCGUAUUUUCUCGCGCUUCAAUGCGCUUUUUGUGCGUCCGCACAUACGUGGUGCAAUACGCGAAUAUCAGACACAACUUAUACAACGUGUAAAGGAUGAUAUUGAUGCAUUGCACGAGAAGUUCAAGGUACAAUAUCCACAAAGCAAAAGCUAUCGUCUUUCCACUGUGCGCGAUUUACCACCAGUAGCUGGAUCCAUCAUUUGGGCACGUCAGAUCGAUAACCAAUUGACAAUGUAUUUGAAACGCGUAGAAGAUGUGCUGGGCAAGGGCUGGGAAACGCAUUUGGAGGGACAAAAACUAAAAGCAGAUGGCGAUAGCUUCCGCGCCAAGCUCUCGAUUUCUGAAGUAUUCCAGGAAUGGGCACGCAAAGUGCAGGAACGUAAUUUCGGCAAUUCUGGUCGCAUUUUCACAAUUGAAUCAGCACGUUCGCGUACCGGACGUAGCAACGUUUUAAAAUUGCGCGUUAACUUUUUGCCAGAAAUCAUUACGCUCUCAAAGGAAGUGCGCAACAUUAAGAAUUUGGGAUUCAGAGUUCCACUUACUAUCGUAAACAAGGCACAUCAAGCCAAUCAGAUUUACCCAUAUGCAAUUUCAUUGAUUGAGAGCGUUCGCACCUAUGAGCGCACCUUGGAAAAGCUAAAUAAUAGGAGUUUAGCACAAAAUUCAGUAUUCAAGAUUGAAGAUCGCGCCAGCAUUGUUCCACUAGUUGCUGGCUUGCGCAAGGAAGUGCUAAAUUUAAUUUCCGAGGGAAUUGGACUGGUCUGGGAGUCGUACAAACUCGAUCCGUAUGUUCUACGCCUGUCAGAAUGUGUUACACAGUUCCAAGAAAAAGUCGAGGACUUGCUCGUCGUCGAGGAGCAAUUGGACGUUGAUGUGCGCUCGCUAGAAACUUGUCCUUACAGCGCUGCUACUUUCACCGAAAUCUUAUCGAAAAUUCAACAUGCCGUUGACGCUUUAUCACUCAAACAAUAUUCCAAUUUAAAUGUUUGGGUUACACGUCUGGAUGAGGAAGUUGAAAAGAAGUUAGCUAUGCGUCUUCAGGCUGGUAUACAAGCUUGGACUGAAGCUUUAACUGGUAGCAAGAAGGAGCGCGAUCUCUCCAUGGACACUGAUGCCCCAGCACAGCCAACACACAAGCUUGGUGGUGAGCCACAGAUUCAGAAUGCUAUUCAUGAGAUACGCAUUACCAAUCAGCAGAUGUACUUGUAUCCCUCAAUCGAGGAGGCACGUUUCCAAAUUAUGCAGCAGUUGUUCGCAUGGCAAGCAAUUGUUACUUCGCAGGUGCGCCUGCAGAGCACACGCUACCAAGUCGGUUUGGACAAACUUGCUCCCCCUACUUAUCGCAAUUUGUUGACUAAAUUGCCAGAAACUAUGAUUUUGGAGAAUGCUUAUGGCGCAAUUGAAAAUAAAAUUAGUGAAGUGCGUAAUUAUGUGGAGGAAUGGUUGCGUUAUCAGAGCCUAUGGGAUUUGCAAGCCGAUACUUUGUAUGGCCGUUUAGGUGAAGAUGUUAAUUUGUGGAUUAAAUGUUUGAAUGAUAUUAAGAAAUCACGCACUACCUUCGACACAUCUGAUACACGCCGUGCAUAUGGACCGAUUGUAAUUGACUACGCUAAAGUGCAGGCUAAGGUAACCUUGAAAUACGAUUCAUGGCAUAAGGAGGCAUUGGGUAAAUUUGGCACACUGCUCGGCAAUGAAAUGACUACAUUCCAUUCGAAGGUAUCGAAGUCGCGUACUGAUUUGGAGAUGCAAAGCAUUGAGGCCGCCAGCACUUCUGAUGCCGUAAGCUUUAUCACUUACGUGCAAACGCUCAAAAAAGACAUGAUCGCUUGGGACAAACAAGUUGAAGUAUUCCGUGAAGCACAGCGCAUACUCGAGCGCCAACGUUUCCAAUUCCCUAACAACUGGUUGCACGUUGACAACAUCGAAGGUGAAUGGUCCGCCUUCAAUGAGAUCAUCAAACGCAAAGAUACAGCCAUUCAAACACAAGUGGCCAGCUUACAAGCUAAAAUUGUAGCCGAGGAUAAGGCUGUUGAGACGCGUACUAUUGAUUUCUUGAACGAUUGGGAGAAGAACAAGCCAACUGGCGGCAAAAUACGACCAGAUGAUGCAUUACAACAAUUGCAAUUGUUUGAGACAAAAUAUUCACGUUUGAAGGAAGAGCGCGAUAAUGUGGCCAAGGCCAAGGAGGCACUGGAAUUGCAGGAAUCCGCUAUACCUAACAAUAGUUCGGAACGUAUGAAUGUAGCUUUGGAAGAGUUGCAGGACCUGCGUGGUGUCUGGAGCGAGCUCUCCAAGGUUUGGACACAGAUUGAUGAGACUAGGGAGAAACCUUGGCUUUCGGUACAACCCCGAAAAUUGCGUCAACAACUCGAGGCUAUGAUGACACAGCUGAAAGAAUUGCCGGCACGUUUGCGCAUGUACGAAUCAUACGAAUAUGUGAAGAAACUAAUUCAAAGCUAUAUUAAAGUGAACAUGAUGAUCGUUGAAUUGAAGUCAGAUGCACUCAAGGAGCGUCACUGGAAGCAACUUACCAAACAGCUACGUGUUAAUUGGGUCAUAUCCGAUUUGACACUUGGACAAGUUUGGGAUGUUAACUUGCAGAAGAACGAGAACGUAGUAAAGGACAUUAUACUCGUUGCUCAGGGUGAAAUGGCACUGGAAGAAUUUUUGAAGCAGGUGCGCGAAUCUUGGCAGAGCUAUGAACUCGAUUUGAUUAAUUAUCAAAACAAAUGUCGCAUCAUACGUGGUUGGGAUGACCUCUUCAAUAAAGUUAAGGAGCAUAUCAAUUCCGUUGCUGCUAUGAAACUCUCACCGUAUUAUAAAGUUUUCGAGGAGGAAGCACUAACCUGGGAAGAGAAAUUGAAUCGUAUAAAUGCACUUUUUGACGUUUGGAUUGAUGUACAACGCCGCUGGGUCUACUUGGAAGGUAUUUUCUCUGGAAGCGCUGAUAUUAAAACACUUUUGCCGGUGGAAACAUCGCGCUUCCAAAGUAUCAGCUCCGAGUUUUUGGGUUUAAUGAAAAAAGUAACCAAGUCACCGAAAGUAAUGGAUGUAUUAAAUAUACCAGCUGUGCAGCGUUCACUAGAACGUCUUGCUGACCUUUUGGGUAAAAUCCAGAAGGCUUUGGGCGAAUAUUUGGAACGAGAACGUACCUCGUUCCCACGUUUCUACUUCGUAGGCGAUGAGGAUCUUUUGGAGAUUAUUGGCAAUAGCAAGAAUAUUGCACGUUUGCAAAAGCAUUUCAAGAAAAUGUUUGCUGGUGUUGCUGCUAUUCUCUUGAACGAGGAUAAUACUGUCAUUUUAGGUAUCUCUUCACGCGAAGGUGAAGAAGUAAAAUUCAUGAAUCCAGUUUCGACCGUCGAACACCCAAAAAUCAAUGAAUGGCUUUCCCUGGUUGAGAAACAAAUGCGUUUCACUCUGGCAUCACUUUUGGCACAAGCCGUACAAGAUAUUAAACAAUUCCGUGACGGCAAAAUUGAUCAACAAAAAUAUAUGGAGUGGUGUGACAAGUAUCAGGCUCAAAUUGUUGUACUUGCAGCGCAAAUUCUCUGGUCCGAGGAUGUGGAAUCGGCUUUGCAACAAGCAUCUGAGAGUAAUAAUUCAAAGCCCAUGCAGCGCGUGUUGGGUACCGUGGAGUCUACAUUGAAUGUGCUCGCUGACUCAGUGUUGCAGGAACAACCGCCACUGCGCAGACGUAAAUUGGAGCAUUUGAUCAAUGAAUUUGUUCAUAAGCGUACAGUAACACGACGCUUGACUGCCAAUGGAGUUACCAGUCCCAAAUCUUUCCAAUGGCUUUGUGAGAUGCGUUUCUACUUCGACCCACGUCAAACUGAGGUUCUCCAACAACUCACCAUUCACAUGGCCAACGCUCGUUUCUACUAUGGCUUCGAAUACCUAGGCGUACAGGAUCGCCUCGUACAGACACCUCUCACUGAUCGCUGCUAUUUGACUAUGACUCAAGCUCUGGAAUCACGUCUAGGAGGAUCGCCUUUCGGUCCAGCCGGUACUGGUAAAACUGAAUCCGUUAAAGCGCUCGGCAAUCAACUUGGUCGCUUUGUACUCGUCUUCAAUUGUGAUGAGACAUUCGACUUUCAAGCAAUGGGCCGUAUCUUUGUUGGUUUGUGUCAAGUUGGCGCAUGGGGUUGCUUUGAUGAGUUCAAUCGUUUGGAGGAGCGUAUGUUGUCUGCCUGUUCACAACAAAUUCAAACAAUACAGGAAGCAUUGAAGUAUGAAAUGGAUAGCAAUAAGGAAAGCAUUACUGUUGAGUUGGUUGGAAAGCAGGUGCGCGUCUCGCCUGACAUGGCCAUAUUCAUUACCAUGAAUCCUGGUUAUGCUGGCCGCUCCAAUCUGCCCGAUAACUUGAAGAAACUCUUCCGUUCACUGGCUAUGACCACACCGGAUCGCCAGCUUAUCGCCGAGGUGAUGUUGUUCUCACAAGGUUUCCGCUCAGCCGAGAAGUUGGCCUGUAAGAUUGUACCAUUCUUUAAGCUUUGCGAUGAGCAGCUUUCGAAUCAAAGUCAUUAUGAUUUCGGUUUGCGUGCGCUUAAAUCGGUAUUGAUAUCGGCUGGUAAUGUUAAACGUGAUCGCAUUAUGAAGAUCAAGGAAAGCUUGCGUCAGCGUGGUGAGGAGAAUAUUGAUGAAGCCUCGGUAGCUGAAAAUUUGCCUGAGCAAGAGAUUCUAAUUCAAUCGGUUUGUGAGACAAUGGUACCCAAGUUGGUGGCAGAGGAUAUACCACUGCUAUUCUCGUUGCUAAGCGACGUCUUCCCGAACGUUGGCUACACACGUGCUGAGAUGAAGGGUCUGAAAGAGGAAAUACGCAAAGUAUGCCAAGAAGAUUACCUGGUUUGUGGCGAGGGCGAUGAGCAGGGCGCUGCUUGGAUGGAAAAAAAUGCGCAAGGAUUCGGUGAAACGUGGGUGGAAAAAGUACUACAAUUAUACCAAAUCUCUAACCUCAAUCACGGUUUGAUGAUGGUCGGUCCAUCUGGCUCGGGCAAAUCAACUGCCUGGCGUACACUACUCAAAGCAUUGGAACGUUUCGAGGGUACUGAGGGAGUUGCGCACGUCAUUGAUCCCAAAGCAAUUUCGAAGGAGGCACUCUAUGGUGUCAUGGAUCAGAAUACCCGCGAGUGGACAGACGGAUUGUUCACGCAUGUACUCCGUAAAAUCAUCGACAACGUGCGUGGUGAAAUCAAUAAGCGCCAAUGGAUUAUUUUCGAUGGAGAUGUCGAUCCCGAAUGGGUAGAGAAUUUGAAUUCUGUGUUGGACGACAACAAAUUACUGACACUGCCGAACGGUGAACGUCUAUCGCUGCCACCAAAUGUGCGCAUAAUGUUUGAGGUGCAAGAUUUGAAGUUUGCCACACUCGCUACAGUCUCGCGUUGUGGCAUGGUAUGGUUCUCCGAGGAUGUUUUGUCCACUGAGAUGAUAUUCGAGAAUUAUCUCUCACGAUUGCGUAGCAUACCACUGGAAGAUGGCGAUGAAGACUUUGUUGGCGCUGUCAAGCCUUCGUCCAACAAGGACAAAGAAGAAGAGGUCUCUCCCUCAUUGCAAGUACAGCGCGAUAUCGCAUUGUUGUUGCAGCCAUACUUCUCGGCAGAUGGCAUUGUGGUGCGCAGUCUGGAAUAUGCCAUGGAACAAGAGCAUAUUAUGGACUUUACACGUUUGCGUGCGCUUAGCUCACUCUUCUCAAUGCUGAAUCAAGCUGCAAGAAAUGUGCUCCACUUUAACUCCCAACAUCCAGACUUCCCUUGCUCCAACGACCAAUUGGAGCAGUACAUACCCAAAGCACUUAUUUAUUCAGUACUCUGGUCCUUUGCUGGUGAUGCUAAGCUCAAAGUGCGCACUGAUUUGGGUGAUUUUGUACGCAGUGUUACUACCAUUCCACUGCCUGGCGCUGCCGGUGCCCCCAUCAUUGACUACGAAGUUAGCAUGAAUGGUGAAUGGGUGCCGUGGUCGAACAAGGUACCGGUUAUAGAGGUUGAGACGCACAAAGUCGCUUCACCAGAUAUUGUUGUGCCCACAUUGGACACUGUGCGUCAUGAAUCGCUGUUGUACACUUGGCUAGCGGAGCAUAAGCCAUUGGUAUUAUGUGGUCCGCCUGGCUCUGGCAAAACCAUGACACUCUUCUCAGCACUGCGCGCUUUACCCGAUAUGGAAGUGGUUGGUUUGAAUUUCUCAUCAGCCACAACACCGGAGCUUUUACUGAAAACUUUCGAUCACUACUGCGAAUAUCGUAAGACUCCUAACGGUGUUGUGCUUUCGCCAGUACAGAUUGGCAAAUGGUUGGUACUCUUCUGCGAUGAAAUCAAUUUACCCGACAUGGACACCUACGGUACUCAACGUGUGAUUUCAUUCUUGCGUCAACUUGUUGAACACAAAGGAUUCUAUCGCGCCAGUGAUCAAGCUUGGGUCUCCUUGGAGCGUAUACAAUUCGUGGGCGCUUGUAAUCCUCCCACAGAUCCAGGUCGUAAGCCCCUUUCGCAUCGUUUCCUACGUCAUGUGCCCAUCAUUUAUGUCGACUAUCCUGGCGAGACUUCGCUCAAACAAAUCUAUGGCACUUUCUCACGUGCAAUGCUACGUAUGAUGCCCUCAUUGCGAGGCUACGCUGAACCACUUACCAACGCUAUGGUCGAGUUUUAUUUGGUUUCACAGGAUCGCUUCACACAGGACAUGCAGCCGCACUAUGUGUACUCGCCGCGUGAGAUGACACGCUGGGUACGUGGUAUUUGCGAGGCUAUACGUCCGCUUGAUUCGCUACCAGUGGAGGGUUUGGUGCGUUUGUGGGCGCAUGAGGCGCUACGCUUGUUCCAAGACAGGCUGGUUGAGGAAUCAGAACGCCGUUGGACCAAUGAAAAUAUUGAUAUUGUUGCACUCAAACACUUCCCUGGUAUCAAUCAAGAGGAGGCAUUGACACGCCCCAUUUUAUAUAGUAAUUGGUUGUCCAAGGACUACAUGCCGGUCAAUCGCGAAGAAUUGCGAGACUAUGUGCGUGCUCGCCUUAAAGUUUUCUACGAGGAGGAGCUCGAUGUGCCGCUCGUCUUGUUCGAUGAAGUUUUGGAGCAUGUUUUGCGUAUUGACCGUAUUUUCCGUCAGCCCCAGGGACAUCUGUUGCUGAUUGGUGUGUCUGGUGCAGGCAAAACUACACUUUCACGCUUCGUCGCCUGGAUGAAUGGUUUGUCCAUCUUCCAAAUUAAGGUGCACAAUAAAUACACGAGCGAAGACUUUGAUGAAGAUUUACGUUGUGUGCUGAGACGUUCGGGCUGCAAGGAUGAGAAGAUAGCAUUCAUUUUAGACGAGUCGAAUGUUUUGGAUUCUGGUUUCUUGGAACGUAUGAACACGCUGCUGGCUAACGGUGAAGUUCCCGGUCUGUUCGAGGGCGACGAAUACACUACUUUGAUGACACAGUGUAAGGAAGGAGCACAGCGCGAGGGCCUGAUGUUGGACUCCAGCGAUGAGUUGUAUAAAUGGUUCACCCAACAGGUUAUGCGAAAUUUGCACGUCGUCUUCACCAUGAACCCAUCCACAGAUGGUCUAAAAGAUCGCGCUGCCACUUCACCUGCUCUUUUCAAUCGUUGUGUGCUCAACUGGUUCGGAGAUUGGUCCGAUUCCGCACUCUUCCAGGUUGGUAAAGAGUUCACUACACGCGUGGACUUGGAAAAGCAAGGCUGGUCUGCUCCCGACUUCUUCCCGUCUGUAUGUCCUUUGGUACCAGCACAACCCACUCACCGCGAUGCUGUUAUCAACAGCUGUGUGUACGUACACCAAACUCUACACCAAGCCAAUGCACGCCUCGCCAAGCGUGGUGGACGCACAAUGGCCGUUACACCACGCCACUAUUUGGACUUUAUUCAUCACUUUGUCAAAUUGUACAAUGAGAAACGUAGUGAUUUGGAAGAACAGCAGUUACAUUUGAAUGUUGGUCUCAAUAAGAUUGCGGAAACUGUUGAGCAAGUGGAGGAGAUGCAGAAGUCUUUGGCCGUAAAGAAACAGGAAUUGCAGGCGAAGAAUGAGGCGGCUAAUGCUAAGUUGAAGCAAAUGUUUAAGGAUCAACAAGAGGCGGAGAAGAAGAAAAUACAAUCUCAAGAGAUACAGAUACGUUUAGCCGAUCAGACGGUUAAGAUUGAAGAAAAACGUAAAUAUGUCAUGGCCGAUUUGGCACAAGUGGAACCGGCAGUUAUAGAGGCGCAACAAGCUGUAAGCGCCAUUAAAAAGAAACACUUGGCUGAGGUGCGUUCCAUGGCCAAUCCACCGGCUGUUGUUAAAUUAGCGCUGGAAUCAGUCUGUGAGCUGCUUAGCGAGACUGCCACCGAUUGGAAGGCGAUUCGUGGCAUACUUGUCAAAGAUAGUUUUAUACCGUCCAUUGUUAAUUUGAAAACUGAGCAUAUCACCGAUGAGGUGCGUGAAAAGAUGAAGAACAAAUAUCUGAGCAAUCCCGACUACAACUUCGAGAAGGUCAAUCGCGCCAGUAUGGCUUGUGGCCCUAUGGUUAAAUGGGCAAUUGCACAGAUCGAAUACGCUGACAUGUUGAAACGCGUGGAACCGCUACGCGAGGAAUUGCGUUCGCUCGAAGAACAGGCCGAUGUGAAUAAGCAGAGCGCAAAAGAGACUAAGGAUCUGGUUGAACAACUGGAGCGCAGUAUUGCCGCCUACAAGGAAGAAUAUGCACAGCUUAUCUCGCAGGCCCAGGCCAUCAAAACCGACCUGGAAAAUGUGCAAGCCAAGGUGGAUCGUUCCAUUGCGCUGCUGAAGAGCUUGAAUAUCGAACGCGAACGCUGGGAAUGCACUAGCGAGACAUUUAAGUCACAGAUGUCCACUAUUAUUGGUGACGUUUUGUUGUCGGCUGCAUUCAUUGCGUAUGGCGGCUACUUUGAUCAGCACUAUCGCUUGAAUCUUUUCACCACCUGGUGUCAACAUCUCCAAUCGGCCAACAUACAAUAUCGCGCCGAUAUGGCACGCACCGAAUAUCUUUCGAAUCCCGAUGAACGUUUACGCUGGCAAGCCAAUGCUUUGCCAACCGAUGAUCUUUGCACUGAGAAUGCCAUCAUGCUCAAACGUUUCAAUCGCUAUCCACUCAUUAUUGAUCCUUCAGGGCAAGCUACCACUUUCUUGCUCAACGAAUAUGCGGGCAAGAAAAUCACAAAGACCUCCUUCCUGGACGAUUCCUUCCGCAAGAAUUUGGAAUCUGCGCUACGUUUCGGUAAUCCGCUGCUCGUGCAAGAUGUUGAGAAUUACGAUCCAAUUUUGAAUCCUGUCCUCAAUCGCGAAUUGCGUCGCACUGGCGGCCGUGUGUUGAUCACACUUGGCGAUCAGGAUAUCGAUUUGUCGCCAUCAUUCGUCAUUUUCUUGUCCACACGUGAUCCUACCGUGGAAUUCCCGCCAGAUAUUUGUUCACGUGUUACUUUUGUUAACUUUACGGUCACACGUAGCUCUUUGCAGUCGCAAUGUUUGAAUCAAGUGUUGAAGGCUGAACGCCCGGAUAUCGAUGAGAAGCGUUCCGAUUUGCUGAAAUUGCAAGGUGAAUUCCGUUUGCGUUUGCGCCAACUCGAAAAGAGUUUACUGCAAGCAUUGAAUGAUGCAAAGGGCAAGAUUCUGGACGAUGAUUCGGUGAUCACUACGCUUGAGACGUUGAAGAAGGAAGCUUACGAUAUCAAUCAGAAGGUGGAUGAAACUGAUAAGGUUAUUGCAGAGAUUGAGACUGUCUCGCAGCAGUAUUUGCCAUUGUCGGUGGCUUGCAGCAACAUUUACUUCACCAUGGAUAGCUUAAACCAGGUGCACUUCCUCUACCAAUAUUCGCUGAAAAUGUUCUUGGACAUUUUCUCAACUGUGUUGUACAAUAACACAAAACUAGAUGGCAAAACCGAAUAUUCGGAGCGAUUGGGCAUCGUCACCAAAGAUCUGUUCCAGGUCUGCUAUGAGCGUGUCGCGCGUGGCAUGUUGCACAACGAUCGCCUCACUUUCGCUCUACUGAUGUGCAAAAUUCAUCUGAAGGGUACAUCUGAACAAAACUUGGACGCUGAAUUCAAUUUCUUCUUGCGUAGUCGCGAGGGUCUUCUUGCUUCGUCAACGCCAGUCGAUGGCCUCACAGCCGAGCAAAUAGAGAGCGUAAACCGUUUGCAGUCACGUCUGCCUAUCUUCCGCAAGUUAAUCGAAAAACUUAAAUCAAUGCCCGAAAUCGGCGCUUGGCUGCAACAAAGCUCACCGGAGCAGUGUGUACCGCAGUUGUGGGAUGAAUCGAAGGCACUCACCUCGAUCGUCAGCUCUAUUCAUCAAUUGCUUUUGAUCCAAGCUUUCCGCCCGGAUCGUGUCAUCGCCGCCGCUCAUAAGGUGGUCGAUGCUGUGCUGGGUCUAGAUUUUAUGCCAAACGCGGAAAAGGAAUUGGACUUGGCUGCUGUUGUGGAGAAGCAGUUGAACUGCAACACACCCGCAUUGCUGUGCUCAGUGCCCGGCUUUGACGCCUCCGGACGUGUGGACGACUUGGCUGCCGAGCUGAACAAACAGAUCUCGAGCAUUGCCAUUGGUUCGGCCGAGGGCUUCAAUCAGGCCGAGCGCGCCAUCAACAUGGCCUGCAAGAGCGGUCGCUGGGUACUGCUGAAGAACGUUCACUUAGCGCCUCAAUGGUUGGUGCAAUUAGAGAAGAAACUACACUCGCUGCAGCCACAUUCGGGCUUCAGAUUGUUCCUCACCAUGGAGAUCAAUCCCAAGGUGCCGGUCAACUUGUUGCGCGCAGGCCGCAUUUUCGUUUUCGAACCGCCGCCAGGCAUUCGCGCCAACCUGUUGCGCACUUUCUCAACAGUGCCGGCGGCGCGCAUGAUGAAAACGCCCAGUGAACGUGCGCGUCUCUACUUCUUACUGGCCUGGUUUCAUGCCAUUGUGCAGGAACGUCUGCGUUAUGUGCCCCUUGGCUGGGCGAAGAAGUACGAGUUCAAUGAGUCGGAUCUGCGCGUCGCGUGCGACACGCUGGACACCUGGAUCGAUACGACCGCAAUGGGUCGCACCAAUUUGCCGCCGGAGAAGGUGCCAUGGGACGCGUUGGUAACAUUGUUGUCGCAAUCCAUCUACGGCGGUAAAAUUGACAAUGACUUCGAUCAGCGUUUGCUGACUUCAUUCCUGAAAAAAUUAUUCACGGCGCGCAGCUUCGAAAGCGAUUUCGCGCUUGUGGCUAAUGUUGAUGGCGGUGCCGGCGGUCAGCGACACAUCACCAUGCCCGAUGGCACGCGACGCGAUCACUUCUUGAAGUGGAUUGAGAAUUUGUCCGACCGCCAGACGCCUUCCUGGCUCGGAUUGCCCAACAAUGCGGAGAAAGUGUUGCUAACGACACGCGGCACAGAUUUGGUGAGCAAGCUGUUAAAGAUGCAACAGCUGGAGGAUGAUGAUGAAUUGGCCUAUAGUGUGGAAGAACAUGCCGAGGCGGCUAAUGCUAAUGCAGCACGACAGGAAGAUGGGCGUCCAUCAUGGAUGAAAACCUUACAUAACUCGGCAACUGCUUGGUUAGAGCUUUUGCCCAAAAAUUUGCCUGUGCUUAAGCGUACUGUGGAAAAUAUCAAAGAUCCGCUGUACCGUUACUUCGAACGAGAGGUCACUUCAGGCGCUAAAUUGUUGACCACCGUCAUAUCCGAUCUGCAGGAUGUGGUAUUGAUUUGUCAAGGUGAAAAGAAGCAAACGAAUCACCAUCGUUCAAUGUUGUCAGAGCUGGUGCGUGGUAUUAUACCGAAGGGUUGGAAGCGUUACACCGUACCGGUGGGCUGCACUGUCAUACAGUGGAUUACCGAUUUUAGUAAUCGCGUGCAGCAGCUACAGAAGGUGUCGAAAUUAGUGUCGCAAGCAGGCGCCAAGGAGUUGCAGACAUUCCCUGUUUGGUUAGGCGGCUUAUUGAAUCCAGAGGCUUACAUCACUGCAACACGUCAAUGUGUAGCACAGGCCAACAGCUGGUCUUUGGAGGAAUUAGCCUUGGAAGUAACAAUCACAGAGUCGAGCGUGAAUCCAGAUCAGAAGGAUAGUAGUUUCGGUGUGGCUGGCUUGAAAUUACAAGGCGCACAAUGCAAGAACAACGAGCUGCUCUUAGCUUCCACUAUUAUGAUGGAUUUGCCACUCACCAUACUCAAAUGGGUCAAGGCUUCUACUGAGAUGCGAGUUAGCAAGCUUACCUUGCCGGUCUACUUGAACUCCACACGCACUGAGCUGUUGUUCACUGUUGAUUUGGCUGUAGCUGCUGGCCAAGAUCCACAUAGUUUCUAUGAGCGUGGGGUCGCUGUGCUCACUUCGACUGCUUUGAAUUGAAUUUGGUAGAGAAGAGCAAUUAAAAAUUGCAUAUUUACAUAGGUAAAAUACGCCAGUAUUUGUCAAUAUUAUACCGUAAAUGGGCAUAAAUGUUAUAUACCAUUACAUAAAACCAAUUUUAUUCAAAUUUAAAAUAUUUACUAUCACAAGUUUAUGCACUUAAAAAGUGGUUUUUGCUUCAAUGUAACAGAGUUAAUCAAUCGUAUUCAAUAUUCAAAAUAUACAAUACUCAAGCAUUCAAUAAAAGUUAAUCAAUAUGCAUGAAAAUA